AAUACGUACACAGCAUAAGACUAAGAUGGCCGACUUUAUUUGAUCGAAAACAAUCGCGAAGUGCGGACGCAAAGUCGGGUACGAUCCUCGGCCCACGGCAAUCAGCGAACAGAAAACCACCCAAGAAGAGAGUGGAUCUAAACCAACAACCACCACCCCGAUUCGAUAACUGUGUUGCUCCAAGCUGAAGUCGAAGACGGAGCUGCUACUAAGGUGUGCGGAUCACUUGCGAUAUAUGUUCGUGACAUUCUGAAUUGGUUUGGCACAGGAAUAAGAGAACUGGGUGCGCGAUCAACUGAUUGUGAUUGAGUGUGGAUGUUUUUUUUUCGAUUGAGUUGUGUGGAAAAAAAUAAAUAAAUAUAAACUCAUCGGUGGAUAGGAUUGUAAAUCCUGCGUGACAACAUUAAGUGUGCGUAGUUCGGUCCAUCCAGACUGCGCGUUAAGUUUUAGAGCCAUUGGCUUGGAUGCGCCUAUGGCAUAAGUGCGAGCACAAGAAGAGGAGAAACAACAUGCCAUGAAGCAUAAUUUUUUGGCGGAGUGCUUGAAUGGUGUGUCGAUUAGUUUCGCUUGACUAGCCGAGUUUCCGAGUCAAGAAAGUCGCCUGAGAGCGCGGUAGCGAUCGUUUCGAAUUAGUGAUCGGAGUGAUAUUCAACAGCGGUCUUAUGCGCACAUGCCACUAACCGUCGUAGUUUAGGAAAGCUGUAUGCGCGUCGUACGCAAGGGAAGCGGAAAGAAUUCAGUGUGUGGUAAAAGUGCUUCGAAGAUUUUUGGAGAUUAGAAGUUUCAACCCCAAAACUAGAAAUAGUGCCGGAGAGCUGAAAUGUGUGUGGGAGUCAGUUUUUCUAGCGAGAGUGGGAUGUAGAAGGCGCCGCGCCAAGUAUUCAAACGAAAGCGAGAAAUUGAGAGUGACAAAAAAAAUGUUAUCGAAAAUGUCUACGCAUCGAAAGCAGUGACGACGGGAAAUGGACAUUUAGUGGAUACAGUUGCGAUAUGUUUUAGCGCGAAGUCGACACGGCAUAGCGAAAAGAAUAAAAAUUAGUGUUUAAGAAAGCGACGAAAAAAAAAGAUUCUAACACAAAUAUGGUAGUACCGACGAUGGAUAGUUUACCCCGAGUACCUGACACCCACGGCGAUGCCGUGGAUGAAAAAGUUUUCUCCGACCUGUACAUCCGGACCAGCUGGUUCGAUGCCUCGAUCGCGCUGGAUCAAAUCGAGAAGGGCAAAGCGCGAGGGCGUAGAUCAGCGGUCUACAUGCGAUCCCUGUUCCAGUCCCAUCUCUACAACCUCGGAUGCUCGAUACAGAAGCACGCUGGCAAGGUGUUAUUCGUAGCGAUUCUAGUUCUAAGCACGUUCUGCGUUGGCCUCAAAUCCGCGACGGUGCAUUCGAAAGUACACCAGCUUUGGAUACAGGAUGGCGGAACGCUGGAGCACGAGCUAGCGUAUACGCAAAAAUCCCUCGGAGAAAUGGAUUCCUCAACGCACCAGCUGCUCAUACAAACCCCGAAGGACAUGGAGGCAUCGAUUUUGCAUCCGAACGCACUGCUGACGCAUCUCGAGGUUCUGAAGCAAGCGAUUUCCGUCCGGGUGCAUAUGUACGACAUCGAGUGGAGUCUGAAGGACAUGUGCUAUUCGCCAAAUAUUCCCAACUUCGACACGCAUUUCAUCGAGCAAAUCUUCGAGAACAUCAUUCCGUGCGCGAUCAUCACUCCACUCGAUUGCUUCUGGGAAGGGAGCAAGCUGCUUGGACCGGAGUAUCCCGUUGUUAUACCACACUUGGUGAACAAAGUCCAAUGGACCUCGUUGAAUCCCCAGACCUUGUUGAAGGACAUCAAAGCCCAGAACUACCAGUUCCCUUUCGAUACCCUCGAACAGUACAUGAAGCGGGCGGGCAUCGGGACCGGUUACACCGAGAAGCCCUGUCUCAACCCGAAAGAUAAGCAAUGUCCAGAGACGGCCCCAAACAAGAAAUCUCAGCAAACUCCCGACGUGGCAUCUGUGCUUACCGGUGGGUGCUAUGGGUUUGCCGCCAAGUAUAUGCAUUGGCCCGAAGAACUAAUCGUUGGUGGUGCCACACGGAACCGCUCGCAGCACCUGAAAACCGCCAAAGCUCUGCAAACCGUGAUUCAGCUAAUGGGUGAACGGGAGAUGUACGAGUACUGGAACAAUCACUACAAAGUGCACCACAUUGGGUGGAAUCCGGUCAAGGCGGCUGAGGUGUUGAAUGCUUGGCAGAAAAAGUUCUCCGCAGAGGUCAACAAAAUUAUGCAAACCGAGGUGAAACCUCUGUCCUACUACGAAGUGUUCGCCUUUUCGUCUGCCGCUUUGGAUGAUCUGCUGGGCAAAUACUCCAACCCGAACCCCAUAAGCCUAGGUAUCGGACUAGCUGUGAUUCUCAUUUACGCGGCUGGAGCACUGCUCCGGUGGAAGGAACCGGUAAACGGUCAAAGUGGCGUAGGAGUAGCCGGUGUUCUGCUGAUCGGAGUGACCACUGCCGCUGGAUUAGGGUUUUGCGCACUGCUGGGCAUCGCCUUCAACGCAGCCACAACUCAGGUGAUACCGUUUCUGGCCCUCGGGCUGGGCGUAGAUCACAUCUUCGUGCUAACCCACGCGUACGCCGAGCGGGAUGGCAAUGAACAGACGGGUCAGGUACUAAAAAAAGCUGGAUUGAGCAUCCUCUUCAGUGGUGCCUCCACUGCGGGUUCAUUCUUCGCGGCUGCAAUGAUUCCGGUUCCUGCGCUUCGGGUGUUCUGUUUCCAGGGAGCGAUUCUUAUGGUAUUCAACUUGGCUGCGGUCCUUCUCGUGUUCCCGGCCAUGGUUUCGUUGGAUUUGCGUCGGCGGCGUUCUGGUCGUGCCGAUAUCCUGUGUUGUUGUCUACCCGCGCUACCCACCACAAUCCAAGAUGUUAAACACCGACAACAGCAACAGCAGCAUGCCCAGCCAAAUCAAGAAGAUUCGCUGAUCGAUUGUCCGGCCAAGUCCUGCUUCAGCUUUUCCAUCUCGAAGUUUGCGGUGAAACACUACGCACCGUUCAUAACGAAAAGUUCGAUCAAAGUUCUCGCAAUGUUGCUUCUGAGUGGAAUCAUCGGAGUGUCACUGUUCGCUUCCAUGAAACUCCCGGAUGGUUUGGAGCUCACUGAUUUGGUACCCCAGAAUACCAACGAGCAUAAGUUCCUGAAUGUGCAGGGAAAGCUGUUUGGAUUCUACAGCAUGUUUGCCGUGACCCAAGGUGAUUUCGAGUAUCCAACGAACCAAAAGCUGCUGCACGAGUACCAUGAGGCGUUCGUGCGGGUGUCGCAUGUGAUCAAGAAUGACAACGGAGGGCUGCCCGAUUUCUGGUUGAGUUUGUUCCGCGAUUGGUUGCUGAAUUUGCAGAAAGCAUUCGACCGGGACUACCGGGAGAACAAGAUCACCCAGGAGCGAUGGUUCCCGAAUGCAAGUGACGACGCCAUUCUGGCGUACAAACUGCUGGUACAGACUGGACAUGUCGACAACCCCAUCGAUAAGAGUUUGGUGACGCAGGUGCGACUGGUGGAUUCGGAGGGGAUAAUCAAUCCCCGAGCCUUCUACAACUAUCUUUCGGCGUGGGCCUGGAACGAUGGCUUGGCAUAUGGCGCGUCACAGGGAAAUUUGCGCCCCGAGCCACGUGAAUGGUUCCAUUCGCCGAGCGAGUAUGAGUUGAAGAUCCCCAAGAGUGCACCACUCACCUAUACCCAGCUGCCGUUUUAUCUACACGGGCUUAGCGACACCCAGGAUAUCAAGGUUAUGAUCGGACAAAUUCGUGAAUUGAGCAGAAAGUUUGAAUCGCGCGGAUUACCCAACUACCCAUCAGGGAUUCCUUUCCUGUUUUGGGAACAGUACAUGAACUUGAGGCCUUGUUUGCUCAAGGCCAUUGGUUGUGCAUUGGUAGCUGCGUUUUGCCUUGUGGCACUGCUCCUACUAUCAGUGUGGGCCGCAGUACUUAUCGUUUUCAGUAUCGUCACCAUGCUGAUCCAACUAUUGGGCGUGAUGAUACUGCUAAACAUCAACCUGUCCGCGAUUCCUGCAGUGAUACUGAUAGCCAGCAUCGGCCUAGGGGUGUGCUUCACUGUGCACGUAUCUUUGGGCUUCAUAACAGCAAUCGGCAACCGAGAUAGACGCAUCAAGCUCGCUCUGGAGCACUCGCUAGCGCCGGUGACCCACGCGGUCAUGACAUCGAUCCUUGCCGUCCUCAUGCUAUCAACGUCAUCGUUCGAAUUCGUGGUGCGACACUUCUUCUGGUUGCUACUGUCCGUACUCGUCAUCGGAGCCGUGAAUGGCCUAUUUUUCUUUCCCAUCCUACUGAGUCUGGUAGGACCGGGAGCGGAAGUCAUCCCGCUGCAUUACGCCAACCGAAUAUCGACCCCAUCGCCACCACCGAAACGAAUCAACAAAUCCUCGAACAAACCGAUCAUUCUCAACAAUAAACGGUCCUCGUCGAGGAACUGCUCGAAAUCCCACCACCAUCACAAACAUAACAACGUUAACAUCAACAACGAACCUUCGUUGACCACGAUCACCGAAGAGCCCCAGUCCUGGAAGAGUUCAGCCUCGUCGAUUCCUUCGAUCCACGAAAAGAGCAACCUGAACGUGAACUACGGCGGCAGCCAAGCGCCGGAGCUGCAGAGCAUUGUGCUGCAGCCGGAAGUUACCGUCGAGACGCACCACCACGGUGGUGAUCACCAGAACACGAAGGUGACCGCCACCGCCAACAUCAAGGUCGAACUGGUGACACCCGGCCGGGGCGCACCUCGGAUGGUUCGGACGAGCAGCACCAGCAGUAGUAGCGGGCACAGCAGCAGUUAACUUAACUUAACCGGCCGUUAGCUUUAAAGUGGAGCGUACGAGCGAGAGCUUACGCGGGUGUGCGUGUGUGUAAAUAUGAUGAAUCCUUCUUCUUAACAUAGAAAUAACAUAAUUAUUUAUUUGUUUUCCCUCCUCCAAAAGCAGAAAAGUAUUAUUUUUUUACUUAGAAACUAGUGGAAAUCCGUUGAAUGUUGUGUCUAUUUUUUUCACCAAUACUCAGUAAUAGGAAGGUGUCUGAUGUUAAUAGCGUGUGAGAGAAUCGAUUGAAAAAUGAGGUCGACGGGCUCAACGGAGCUCAUCCUCGACGUUGUAUAGCAGCUUGAAACUUGUUCCUCCUUCUUUAGAAGAAAGAUAUAGAAAACAAUACUGACGAACUGAUUAAGCUAGUAUAUAGUAUGAAUAUAGUUAGUAGAUAAGCACCCCAAACUUCUGGAGUAAAAACCUGAAUCGCUGGAAUGAUAUAUCAUGUAUAAACACAGCCAUUCUAUCGCAAGUAGAGAGUCCUGUGUACAUUUAUUCAAUUGCGGGUUCGAGAGACGAUUGCAUGCUUUGAGGCCAAAUAUUUUCAGUUUUAUAAAUAUGUUUAACGUAAACCCCUCUUAACUUAUACUUACACUGUAAAUAAUCGAACAUACCCGAAUAUGUGUUAUCGCGAAUUUAAAACUUCCUGCUAAACAAAACAAGGAACGCUUUCCAUCGGUAAGUUGUACUUAACUUUCUUCCUAAAACGAAACAUCAAUCAUACAAACACAAAUGUAUACCGAAAAUAAACUAAAGACAUAAACCAAACGCAUUUCAUCAACGAGUUAUCUAUUAGGAGUGAAACAACCGAAAAUCGGUUGUUACGUUGUAAAUCUGGAUAUUUGGCUUAUUCCUUACAAAAAAUACAAAACAAACGAAGCUUCGAGAAACGUCGAAAACAAGGAUAUAAAAUUUAGUGCUAGCAAAGCUUGUACAAAUUAAAUGUUGUUUUUAUGAAUGUUACCAAUUUUGUAUAAAACAAAAAAAAGCUUCCCACAGGUUGAGAGACAAGAUUGAAGCUGACGACGCAUUCGGACAAUUGUCAUUAGUGUGGUACAAUUUGAUUAGCUCAUAACAUCCGGUAGGAAUGAAAAAAAAACAAACAAUGGUAAAAGGAACAAUAUUUUUAUGUUUUAAAUGUAAAAGUACAUAUUAUUACCCUUAAAAAAGCUAUUUAUUUAUUUCUAUAUGUCGCUCAGGCGCAAAGGUAUGGUAGUUACUAGGACUUUUCUUAUGGAACUGAGUUGAAUGCAACAGCAGCAUUUUAUUACCCGUUAAACAGGCGGUGAGAAGUACAAGCUAUCGGAAAAAGAAAUGAUAUUGGUUGUAAUUAAUUCAAGGCAGACACAAAAGAAGAACGCACAUGAUUGUAAAAAUUGGUUUCAGACAAGUCUUGGUAAGAAAAAAAAAAUGCAAAAUUCUAGCGAGUCUAGUAGGUCUUAAUAUUCGAGUUUUUUUAUACUUUUUACGGCACAGUGUCUCCAAAUGAAGGAAAUGUAACAAAAUAAAUACAUGGUAAUACCUGUAACUAAAUAAUAA